AUGUCGUUGAAUUAUGCUCAAGCGCUGUCUCCCUAUGAGAACAAGGGACAGGUUGGAAUGCCAGAGGAGGUAUUGGCUUCAAUGUCUUUUGCAAAAAUUCUCGAAGUUUCUUUCCAGUUUCAUGACUCUCCUGAAGAAUUAGAUGUAAAGUGUGCAGAACUGGCUAAACUGCUGUUGCAAAGUAAACGAACAUUUGUUGUGACAGGAGCAGGCAUAUCAACGUCAGCCGGGAUUGCUGAUUUUCGAGGGCCAAAUGGCGUGUGGACCAUCGAGAAAGAGGGCCGUGUGGCGGAAAGCGUUGAUUUUACGCGUGCUCGCCCAACGCUUACGCAUCGUGCCCUUCGAGUGUUGGAAGAGCGAGGACUGGUGAAAUUUCUAGUGUCACAAAAUGUUGAUGGGCUACAUCCACGCUCGUCCUUCCCGUUGAAUCGAUUGGCAGAGCUUCAUGGGAAUGUGUUUUGUGAGCAGUGUGAAAAGUGCUCUAGGCGAUAUUACCGAGAUUUCCCAACCGGAAGUGUCGGCCUUAAAUACACGGGUCGUAAUUGUGAAGGCACGCCAAAGGGCCGUGCAUGUCGUGGACGUCUUCGUGACACAACUCUCGAUUGGGAAGACGCCUUACCGGAGCCCGAUUUUACUAUAGCUUAUGACUAUGCGAAGAACGCAGAUCUGUCGCUAUGUCUGGGAACGUCGCUGCAAAUCGUGCCAGUGGGGGACAUGCCUCUUUUAGCGAAAAAGAAUGGUGGAAAGAUGGUGACCGUGAAUUUACAAGCAACGAAGCAUGAAAAGAAAGCAGAUUUGGCGAUUCAUGGCUUGGUAGACGAUGUGAUGACUCGAGUAUUAGGUCACUUGGGCAUCAAAAUAGAGGAAGACGUGGAUGAAAAAGGAGGUGAGUGA